AAAACUGUUUUUUUUCCACAAAAUAAAUCAGAAAAAAAAAAAGUAAUAAGCCAAUCCUCGUCGGAGAAACUAAUCCUUGUGACCCGUGAACCCGAUGGAUUGCGACCAUCACCAUCAACGGACCCCCGUCUCUCAACUCGUUGACUCUGCGCAUGAUGACAGACCUGGCCCAAGCGUUCAAGGCCCUUGGAAAAGACGACUCGGUUCGGGUCAUCAUUCUGUCAGCGUCAGGACAAACCUUCUGUUCAGGCGUGGACUAGACGGCGGCAGAGCAAGUUUUCAAGGGUGACGUGAAGUGCCCAGACUCAAACCCGGUUUUCCAAAUGGAACAGUGCCCCAAGCCCAUUAUCGGGGCUAUCAACGUGUUCGCCGUGACUGCUGGGUUCGAGAUCUCCCUCGCUUGUGAUAUUCUGGUUGCCGUCAAAGGAGCCGAGGUCAUUGAUAUUCAUACCAGGUUUCAUUUUUUUUCUUUUGAUAAAUACUAAGUAGUUUGUGAAACUGUAGUAGGUAAAUUUGUUAUCUGGAUAAACAUGGUAAAGAUUUGGGACAUGACAACGAUAAAGAAUCGAAUCUUAAAAAAGCUUCCACGCAUUAUAGGACCAAAUAAGGCUCGUGAAAUAUCGUUAACAGCCAUGCCUUUGACGGCAGAGCAGGCUGAGAAGUUGGGGUUUGUGAAUUAUGUUGUUGAGGAAAGUGAAUUGUUGAAGAAAGUUCGACAACUUGCUGGAGCAAUUGUGAAGAAUAAGCAGGACCUGGUAAUUAGGUACAAAUCUGUGAUCAAUGAUGGAUUCAAGUUGGAUCUCCAUCACGGUCUCGCCUUGAGAAGUAGAGGGCUCAUAAGUUUUACAAAGGAAUGACCACAGAACAGUUAAAGAAGAUGCAGGAAUUCAUAACUAGAUGGAGUUCCACAAAACCAUCUUCCAAGUUGUAAUCCAUGGAUGUUCUUUCUUCCCGUUUAGUCACUGUUGUAAAAAGGAAAUGUUAAUAAAUUCUUGGUUGCUGGAAGAGCCUCUUUGUAAUGAGAACUGCUCUUUCAAUUACAUAUCCCAAAAAAAAAAAAAAGGCCCUGCCAUUACAAGGUUGCCGAGGUUUGGUUUUCAUCAUAA